GGGAAUGGGGAUGGGGAUGGAAGGAGAAUAGGGCAGCGUUCCCCUCUGCCCCUCUCUCUCUCGCUCUCUCUCCCUCUCCCUCCCCUUGCCCUCGUCCGCCAUCGCCAUAGCCACAACUCACACCCUCUCCCUCUCCCCCCCUUCCCCUCCUCUUCCCCACCUCGCUACCUACGACGACUCUCACUCUGCUUGUUUACUCGUAUGCGUGCCUGUUUGCUGGCUUGCUUGCAGCGGCCAUGAUACGCCGGUGGACGUGACUAGAGUAGAAGAGAGGAGAGGAGAAGUUGAGAGCGAGAGAGAGAGAGAAGAAGAAGAAGAAGAAGCAGAAGAAGAAGAGGAGAAUAGGAGGAGAUUCGACGACGGAGGAGGGCGCGAUGCGAGUUGGAAGACGGGGAUAGUCAUUGGAGGAAGGGGCGGAGGUGUAUUGGAAGUGUGAGACGCUAGGGUUGCGGAGAUCCGGUAGCGGGUAGCGGGUGUGAUGUGAUGUAGAUCGGAGGUUUCGGCAUCGGUUGCGAAGUGGAAAGCAGGGUGUGGGAGAGUGCGUGUGAGAGAGAGAGCGAGAGGAGCAGACGAUAGCGAUAGAGCAGCGGAGGUGUGAGAGAGUUGAAGGGGGUGAUUGGCAUGGGUAGUUGUUUGUGAGCGUGUUGGUUGUUGGUGGAAGUUGAAGGGGUUGUCGAGGACGGAGAGAGAGAGAGAGAGAGAGAGAGAGAGAGAGAGGUGUUGUUUAGGGGAGGCAUGCGGGAGCAGGAUUGGUGUUAAGUUCGUAAGGAGAAGGGAGUACAUGCAAGUGCGUGCUUGUCGGAUAUCGGACAGCUGGAUUUGUAAAUAAGCGGAGAGGAGGGUCGGUAAUCAGGGGCGUACAUCGAUGGAGCCGCGUGUGGGAAACAAGUAUCGGCUGGGACGGAAAAUUGGGAGCGGUUCCUUUGGGGAGAUCUAUCUUGGGACCAAUGUUCAGACCAAUGAGGAGGUCGGAAUAAAGCUGGAAAGCAUCAAGACGAAGCAUCCACAAUUGCUGUACGAGUCCAAGCUCUACCGGAUACUACAAGGAGGAACUGGGAUUCCCAAUAUCAGAUGGUUCGGGAUAGAAGGAGACUACAAUGUCUUGGUUCUGGAUCUGUUGGGGCCAAGUCUCGAAGACCUUUUCAACUUCUGCAGCCGGAAGUUCUCUUUAAAGACUGUUCUCAUGCUUGCUGACCAGCUGAUCAACAGAGUGGAGUAUGUGCAUGCGAAAAGCUUUCUUCAUAGAGACAUCAAGCCUGAUAAUUUUCUAAUGGGGCUUGGUAGGCGAGCAAACCAGGUCUACAUUAUUGAUUUUGGUCUUGCCAAGAAGUACCGCGACCCUUCCACGCAUCAGCAUAUUCCCUACAGGGAGAACAAAAAUCUGACAGGGACUGCUCGGUAUGCAAGCAUCAACACUCAUCUUGGUAUUGAGCAAAGCAGACGAGAUGAUUUGGAAUCUCUUGGAUAUGUGCUCAUGUACUUCCUGAGAGGCAGUCUUCCAUGGCAAGGACUGAAAGCGGGAACCAAGAAGCAGAAGUACGAGAAGAUCAGUGAGAAAAAAAUGUCCACGCCCAUUGAGGUCCUUUGUAAAAAUUAUCCUUCAGAAUUCGCCUCGUACUUCCACUACUGCCGGUCCUUGCGUUUUGAUGACAAACCCGACUAUGCAUAUUUGAAAAGAAUCUUCCGUGACCUCUUUAUUCGUGAGGGUUUUCAAUUUGACUACGUUUUUGACUGGACAAUUCUGAAGUACCAGCAGUCACAAAUUUCCGGUGGCAGUUCAACUCGACUGGGUGCUUCUGCAGGGCAAACCAGUGGUGCACUUGGAACUGGGGCUACAGGAAGCCGAGACCUGCAGCGGCCCACCGAACCAAUGGAUCCUUCUCGGCGCAGGCUUCCUGGAGGAGCAAAUGGCUCCGGGGUCGCAAAUGCUUUGGACUCAUCUAAGCACAAAAGUCCUGGACUUGAUGAAUCUGCUAAGGAUUCUGCUCUUGCUGUUGUGUCAGAACCAGAGCGCAUGCAUACAUCUUCGUAUGCAACUCGGGGGGGUUCUUCCUCCAGGCGAGCUGUCCUAUCUAGCAGCAGGCCCUCAGGGGCAUCAGCAGAAGUCGUAGAUUCCUCUCGAACAGGGAGCAGUAAGCUUGGUCCCACCAGCUUACGGUCGUCAGCAGGGAUGCAGAGGAGCUCUCCAGUUACUUCGGACCCAAAGCGGAUAUCUAGCCGCCAUCCACAACCGCCAUCUGCCAACUUGAGGAUUUACGAAGCCGCUAUCAAGGGAGUUGAAUCACUUUCUGUUGAGGUGGAUCAAAGCCGUUAUAAGUAGGCCCAGGCUUGUGGUUAUAUAGCCGGGCUCUGUCUUCUAUCAAACCCUCUUGUUAUGUAGAUGAGAGUUGCUCUACAUUUGGCAACAGCCUGAUUGAGGGGAAAACGGUGGUUCUGUCCUACAAUGGUGCUAAGACUACAGGUCUCUCAUACUUAGGAAUGAAUGGAUCUCUAUCUUGUUACCAUCAAACCAUUGUCAGUGCUUUGUGUGGUAGCUCUCUGCCAUACGAUUCCUAAGGAAAUAAUCAUUAGAUUGCAGCAGAAGCAACCAGCAUGCUUGCCGGCUUGUGAAGCUUUUUAUCACUAAACCAUAAUCCUUGCCAAGUAACGUACGAGGAUGAAGUCUAGGGAGUGAGAAUCUCUCCCUUGGUAGUAUGUUCACUGCUUGCAGCCAUUAGCUUGUUGCUAACCUGUACAUAUCAUAACUUGGAGUUAUGUAAUGCAAAUCUAUUGGAGUUUACUGGCUUA